UGUUAUCUAUUCUUCAUGACUGGUAUUUUCCUCGUCAGGUCAUAUGGUGAUUAACCAAAAAAACAAUCUCUCGUCUUCCAUCAGUAAUUCAAAAUUUUUAGUGUUUUAAACAAUUGAAACUUGUGACCAAUAGCUUUAUAACUCUAUUAAUUCUUCGAACUCAACUGAACUUCAAUCGCAACUGAUAAUCUUUGUUGAUAAAUAAAUAAUUGGUCAUGAUCACUACUCGCUAUGUGAUGUGUGUCGACCAGUUGUCAAAUUUGUAUUUCAAUAAAUUCUACGUAUUAAACGAUGAAUAAAAUAAAAGAGCCAAAUGUGCUGAGAUUUAAUGGAUAAAGUACUAAUUGGAAUAAGGCUCUAUGAGCCGUCAUUGUAGGACAAUUAGCAAUGUUCAAUGUACAACUAAGUAGCACAGAACCACAUAUUGCAAGUACUAAAAGUCAUAAUUCAAGUGCAUUUUAUAUUCCUUUAACUUCAUUUGCUGAAAUGUGGUAUCAGAUUUUUUUGUGGGCACUUUUUUCAUCAAUAUUUGUCCAUACAAUCGCGGCAUCAAUUUGUUUUGCAACUUUACGUAAACACAAAUAUGGAAAAUUUUUUCCAAUAUUGAUACUGGUAAUGGGAUUUCUAUUGCCAUUAACAUCUGGAGUAUUGAGUUCAGCGGCAAUAGCUUUUGUUUAUCGUGCAUCGAGUUACCAAAUGCCACCUCUGUACGCACUGUUUUGGGGGAUAGGUCAAACAAUCCUGGCUGCUUGCGUUGGAUUCACUCGUAUUCUGGCAACGUUAUAAUUAUCAGGGUAUUUAUCGCCAUCCAAACCCAAUCCACCAACUGAACAUCAUAUUAGGUUCCUCUGGAUCCGCAACUCUAUCGUUUAUCAGUAAACAAAAACAUUUAUUUAUUUUUUAUUCAUGAUGCAGAUCUAUAAAUUUUUUUAUUGAUAAAUUAGAAUUAUAGCUGCUCAUUAUUUUUCAUCCAGUGUUAGAUUUUUUAUUUAUAAAUAAUUAUUUAGCGAUCACUGGGGUAUCUAAUGAAUAUCCAGCUCACUAAUGUCUUUCAUGUGAUAUAAUUAUAAACAGACUAAAUAUAUAUACAUAUACAUAUACAUAUAUAUUAUUUUAUUUUAUAUUGUCGCUUUUAUUUGAAAUCCAGUUUAAAUUUUAAAUAAUUCACUAUUUUAAUAAAUUUAUCAACAAAAAUAUGAAAUUUAAAAUUUUCAAAUAAAAUAUCAAAUACUUGAUUUUUUAAAGGAAAGUUCUGUCAUUAGAUUUUUAUUUAAAAUCUUUAGAAAUAUUUUUUCAAAAAUAAUUUUAUUCUCAUUGAUAUCAAAAAAUUUAAAAUUUAUAAAAUUUAAAUGAAUUGAGACAAAUUCUCAUAAAAAUAAAAUCAAGUGAAGUGAAAAAAUGUUUAAUUUAAUAGACGCGAUCUUAAAUCUAAUUACUUAAAUUAGAACUUUCCCUCAGUUCACACUUUAAUUAUUUAAAUAAGAAGAUAAAAAUAAUAGUUAAGUUUUUUCACACUCGCUGACUUGCAAAUUUGCACAAAAACUAUAUAUCAAAGUAUAAUAAAUCAUUCCGUUAAAUUUAAAAAAAUUUUCUGUAAUAGUUAGUUUUAAAAAUAUAGUUUAACAUUCGACCAUUACAUUGAUAAGGCUUUUAUAAUAAUGUACAUAAUUAUAGUAAAAUACUCUUGAAUACUCUAAAAUAAAAUAUGUAUCAAAUGUAUUAAUGUGAAUAAUUAGCUUUAAAUACAAACAAAGACUAUUAAUAAUAAAUUAAGAGAUUAUCAUACGCAGAAUUUUGAAUACUGAUUUUAAUCUCGCUCUGUCUGUUUACUAUUUAAAAAAAAAUUCCAAUGCACCCCUGGAAAAAUUAAGCGCAAGCGUACUGCGAGUUCCAACAUCUCUAUAUCAAACUCUCAUCCCCCGGUGUUCUCUUAUCAAUUCAGUAGCGUCCGCUUCGUAAAAAUGAUACGUCGUUUAGAUAUUAAAGUACGCCGGUAUAUUAAUUUUCCACCGACUUCACCUACUCAUUUUAUUUUACUGUUGUCGUUAUAAUAAUUAUUCAAAUGUGAUGAACUACAAUUAAAUCAACACAAGUAGUUUUUAUUAUUGUCUACACUUUAGACCCAAGGUGCUAUCGAUUUCGUUAUCUAGACAUUUAGAUAAAAACAAAUUUUUCUAAUUUGUUUACAAUUUUAAUUAUCUUUUAUUAAAUUACUACAAGUGCAAAUAUAUAUUUAUUACUGAUAUAUUUAGAUAAAUUUGUAUUUCAUCGCUGAAACAAUAAGUGUUUUUUU